AUGGGGGGAACAGGAUUUGGCGAUUCGGAGCGGCAUCAGCAAGGUGAGCUCUGCUUGCCGAAAACGAGAUCUGGCUACAUAGUCCGGGUGGGAGGUAGCCUCGAGGUUAUCCCAAUGUUCAGCAACGGUGAAGGAUGCUGCUUUGAGGUUUCAUCUUGGUUUUCUCGUGAGGGGACGAACUACACAUUGCGAGGACCUGGCGUCUGCGAUCCGUCAUACACAAAGACAAUUGCCCGAUCCCUUGGAUUGCUGGCAGAUAGGGAGACAUGGAUUUAUUCCACAUUCGUGUUAUUUGGUUCUCCAGAUUCUCUCCACGUUUCUGCUGCUUCAUUUCGACUUGGUCUUGCGUUGUUUGAUGGCUUGAGGGUCUUGAAGGCAUCUCUGUUCAAGUUGGCUCCUUGUCUCUUGCAAGAGUUGAUCUUGACACAUGGCAACCUGAUGCGGGCAUAUCUACCUCAUUCGCAGAGGAGAAACAAAUGCAUUAGAGGGCUUUGGUUGAGCGACAUGUUGGUAUCUAAGAAAGGUCAUCACAGUCAUUGUUGUAAGGUAAAUCGACGAGGUUUCCUUCCUCGGUUCUCGAGUGGAUAUUUGAGAAGCUCGGAGAAGCUUGGAGGUGGUUCAGCAUUUGACGAGGAAAGCCGAAUUAUUGAGACACGACGAGAGACGAAUCCCAUAGACGACACCAUUGCGUCGUUACAACUUUGGUACGAGGCAGGGUAUACUUUCGAAGAUGAAGGGCAUCUUAGAGCCAAGCAGCAUUCAGAUCGGACGGAAAACUUCGUGAUCAGACACUCUGCAAGAUGUGCGGCAUGUGCCCGUCUCGUUCAGCAUGCCUACCGAAGGAUAGACCCGCACACUGGUCAUCGUCGUCCCUUGUCCUGCGCAUUGCAUGGAAGCCGUGUCUGGUACUCUGGGCGUUGCAGUGAAGCGAGAGAAGUGAGGUGGACGAGGCAUGGCGUGGAAGCUGCAGUAUCAGAAAUAAUCAAGGGGAACGAGACAGGCGCAGCUGGACCUGGUCAAUGCUAA